AUGGCCACUAAGAGCUUGCGCAGCUCAGGCCAGAUUUCGAAGAGAUCAUUGGCCGCCUUCGCUGGCAAGCGAGAUUCACUGCUUCAAUGUCUCGCAUCACGCCUCUCGAGGUCAAUGGCAACAGAGACUCAGCUCCCGCAAACCGCGAUCUAUAAUCCGUUUACCCCUACGAUACUUCGCCGACCGCCUCCUCCAGUGCCCAAUGUACUAGCAACAGUCUACAGCUUCCCGUACAUGGAGCCCCUACGCUUCACCGAAUACCCAGCCAAUCAAUUACAUCUCCCACUCCGCCGCGAUAUUCUACACCGUGCUGUCAUAUACGAAGCCAAUGUCCAUCGGGGAAUGCGAACUGCGAACACCAAGUGGAGAAGCGAAGUCCACGGCAGUGGGCACAAAAUACGGGCACAAAAAGGCACAGGCAGAGCUCGACUGGGUGACAAGAAGAGUCCCAUGCUUAAAGGAGGCGGUGUGGCGUUUGGGCCCAAGCCUAGGGAUAUGUCUACCAAGCUACCGCGCAAGAUCUACGACCUGGCAUGGCGGACAGCGCUGAGUUACCGGUAUAGAAGGGGGGAGCUGAUUGUUGUGCAGAAAGUUGAGGAUAUUGAGAAUGAGGAUUCCAGGUUCAUGAAGCAGAUCAUGCAGUGGAAUCAUUGGGGGAAGGGAGACGCGAGGUCUUUGAUCGUCACGAGGAGGGUGAUGCCUAAAUUGUUUCAGGCUUUGAAUGGGUCCAAAGAGCAGCCGGGAUGUGGUCAGCACGGCAUAGUGAAAGAGGAGGCGGAUAUUGAUGUCAAAGAUCUUUUGGAGCUUGGGAGGGUGGUGAUUGAGAAGAGAUCAUUGGAUGCGAUCUUGAGGGAGCAUUCGAGCGAUUUGAAUAUGAGGGUGCCUUCUGCUGUACGCAGAUGA